UCGGGAGAAAAAAUAGAAGAUGGCGUCGCCUACCCAAGCCGCCCGAGUGGCUGCUGUAUCAAGAAAUGUGAAAUUAAUGAUGUCUAGAAACCCAGAGGAGGCGCGUAGACGUGUGUUUCAAUUAUAUAAAGCAUGGUGGAGAGAGAUACCCCAUGCUAUCCAGCAGUAUUAUUUAGACAUUUCUGUAAAACAAGGUCGUGAUAAAGUGAGGGAACUGUUUAUGAAAAAUGCUCACAUUAGAGACACAAGAACAAUUGACCUACUUGUGAUAAAGGGUAAAAUGGAACUAGAAGAGACUAUUCAAGUAUGGAAACAACGAUCUCACAUCAUGGAUUACUUCAAUGAAGAUCCCAACAACAAAAUGAAUAGUGAUUUUUUAACAAAGUUUUAUGAUGGAAAGACAUAAUUAUAUCAAGAGCUGUUAUUGAUUGAACUGUCGUGAAUUUGAAUCCCUAACUACUGAAACCAACUACUGAAAAACUGUUUUGAGGUUAAAUUAUUAGCUUGCUACAAAAAAAAUUUCCAACCUUAUUCUUCUUUUAAAUAUCCAUGUACUUUGUAAGCAUUUAAUUUUAUUGUUGCUCAA